AAAGCUACUAAUUAUUUUAUUCUUUUGUGUUGCAGAUACUAUGGAAAACUCAAAUGAUGAUGAUGAAGAAGAAUAUACGACAGAAGAAAUAAAGGAUAUAACAGCCGCCAACUGCCCCAAAAAAAGCUUUCAUAGUGACUAUAUCGACAUUAAAGAAUUCGCCCUGAAACAUAUACCCAGUGGUCCAUUCAGGACAGUAGAUGUUCACUACUGUGUUCUACUAAUGGCCCAACUGACGGUUUUGAUUCGUGCUCCUCACCCUAAGGGAACUGGAUUUGUUCAGCGUGUACGACGUAAAACAGGAUGUCCUUGUCCUUGUGGAGACUGUAGGAAAAAUGGGCAGGGAGGUGUGUCAGAAUGGGGUGUGGUGACGGUUUCUACUGUGUUUCAUGUGAUUCAAAACCAGGAGGACGCUGGGAAAUCUACAGCCUUGUUGUACAAUGACGGUGAAGGCUACAGUAAAAAGAAAAUACACGGUUACAGACUUUUAGAAACGGAUAAGGAUGUGGGGCAAAACGAUUGGUGUGCAGUUGAAUAUGUAACGCAUGAAAAAAUCGUAUUGGAUAGACUGGAAAAUGAUUUGAGAGAAUUCGAAGACUUGCAGGGGUUGCUGUAUUCUAAGUAUAAACGGGUUGUGAAGGACAACCUUGUCGUGGUUGUUGGGCAUCCCCAUGGCAGGUGUAAGAAGGUUAGUGUCGGGACGUAUGUACGGAGGGAGACACUUAAAGAUGUCAGGGACAGGCAGAACUGGUGCAGGUACCUGUACAAGGGGGCACUGACCUGUGAGGGCAGUAGCGGGUCACCGCUGUUAAUCCCUGGUCAGCCAAUCUGUGGGUUUGGGUACUGGUUCGGACAUGCACAUAAUCACUCCAAGACGGUAACACUCAAGUCUAGCCAUCCGACAGCUGGUGAUUUGAAAUCCCUGAGUUCUGUGGGUGUAGAUCAUCUAUUGAGUCAACGAGUGUAA